AAAACAAAGCAGAUGCUGCGGAUGUGAAAGUUUGUUUACGUCGUGUGGUCGUGCUGCGAUGCGAUGGAAAAUUCACACCUAAAUAGGGCUCACAUGUACGGCAGGCGGGCGGAAAAUUGUGCAAAAAAUCGACGAUUUGACGAUGCUAUGGAAUGCCAUCGGAAGGCCGUUUUUCACUUCAAUGAAGCGUUAAAGCUGCAAACGAAUGCGAUUGUGCAGGAGUCGCUUCAACUGCAGCGCAAAUACCACCUGAAACAGGUCGAUUGGCUGCUGGUAAAGAAGCAACAGUACGAUCGGUACCUACGAGCGCUAGAUUAUCAGCGACGCAAGAAUCCCGAAUUUUUAGCCCAACAGAUCGAAAAAAUGGACAAGUACAACGAGCUGCAGGUGGCGAUCUACCAUAAUCUGGACGAUACGGAUGGAUUGCUGGAAUCGCUAGGCAGAAACAUUGCAUCCAACAAUGCACCAACGAUUGGCGGGGCGUACAACGGUGGCACAAAAACCGUCAACGAUCUGAUCGCGCUUAACCACUCACUGCACAUUUUGAUCCAGCGAAUGUCACAGAAUGUGGAUGAAUACGCCACCGAGAACGAGGAGUUGCGGGAGAAGCUACGCUACUACGAGAAGGAAAAGGAAUCGGGCAGCUCCGACGGUGGAAAGGUUGUUGGUGAUGCUGAAUCGUCGGCAAACACAAACAAAGGUGGCCCCAGCACGCAGAAGCAUACACUAGGACUCAUGCAUGACAAUCUGUCCACACUGGCACCACUCGAAAUGCCCGUGUUUGAUUUGUCCGAUUUUGACAAUCAUUGAGCGAUCGGACCGUGCAUGACAAGAACGGAAGGUAAACCUUUGUACCGGGUGUCCCUCAUCGGUGGCGGUGCAGUGUGAUGCAAACUGUGUUGCACCGGAUGUGAUAACGCUACUUAUAUAUUUACUUUAAAUUACAAACAAACAGCUGUAGUGGAAUGUGGUCGGUGGCUCGCGGAAAGAGAACGGGGACAGUAGAGUUGUAAAUAUUUUGUAUAUGAGCGGACAGAAAGUCUUUUGCGCGCCAUCGUAUCUGUGCUUGCGUAGUUACUGGCGUUACAUGGAUGUGGAAAACUAUUGCUAAUAAAGAUUAAUUACAGACGGAUAGGUUGCGAUAUGGGUUUUCGGGUUUAGGGCAGCGAAUGGUCAAUGUGAUGACGCUGGUUGUUUGUCCGUACUAAUGUGCUCUAUA